AUGCUAUGUCUGACGAUCCCCAGACACUCGUCUAGUAAGAUACAACCCUGGACGUGUGGCCGCUGGACUCUCCAGACGCAGGUUCAAACUUGCAGUAAGUCCUAUGACGGUGGAAACCAAGGAUGCUUGAAUGAGAUACUUUUGUGCAUAGUCCCGAAUCCUGUAUGUGCUUCAAUUUUGGAAGAGAAGACAUUGUUGUGCUUCAGAGACUAUGAUUGUAACUGGAAUGUUGAUAUAUUUAACGAGUGUGGAAGUGACGUUGUUUAUGAAAAGUGGUUAAAAUUUUAUGAUGUGCCUGAGCAGCAGCAGUAG